UGAAAUGUUGUGCUGGCUUCCAGUUCCUCCCUUGAACACUAGAGGUCAAAGCUCUACCAUUUCCCUUGCACGCCUGCCCUUGUGUCUGUGAGCUCUGGAUCUGCACAAACGCACAUUCACAACAGUGGCUGAUCGUUUCAUUUUCUGGGAGAGAAGGGGAUUUUUGAACCAUCGGUCUCCUCUUUACUUCCAGAUUUGCAAGUUGGAACAGAGCUUGAACUCUUGUCUUCGGGACCCUCGUCUUCACCAGAAGAGAAUCUGAAUCUGUUUUACAAAUAGAAGUAUUCGGCUGAGGUCCCGGCCACCGUAAAGAAGCAGCAGCCUGAGAAAAUGAUGUAGAAGGCAGAGGGCUUUGUAAGACAAACACAAGGUUUGGAAAUAACAUUGGUUUCAUCCCAAAUACUUCAGCUGAAGAUGGCAAAUCAGAGGAGAGGUGAAGAAGUCGUCCAUGCUGAUCCAGGAGAAGGUAACUGCCACAUUGGAGCAUCAGAGCUGAGAAUCAUCCUUGUGGGGAGAACUGGAGCAGGGAAAAGCGCCACUGGAAACACCAUCCUUGGUGAGACGGUGUUUAAUUCCAGAGCCAGUCCAAAGUCAGUCACUGAGACUUGUGCCAAGGCAAGAGGCACCUGGAAAGGGAAGGAGGUUGUGGUUAUUGAUACUCCUGCCUUUUACAAUACAACACACCCUGAUAGAAAUCCUUCACAAGAGAUCAGUCGCUGCAUCCAGCUCUCUUCCCCAGGCCCCCAUGCUCUGGUGCUGGUAGUACCGUUGGGCCACUACUAUGAAGAGGACAAGAAGUCAGUGGAGAAAGUACAGGAGAUAUUUGGAGAAGCAGCCCUGAAGCACACAAUUGUCUUAUUCACUUGGAAAGAGGAAUUGGCAGAUGAGCCCUUGAGUGAAUACAUAGAAGCCUCAGGUAAAGCUGAUCUUCAGCAGCUCAUUGAAGCGUGUGGGAAUCGAUACUGUGCUUUCAACAACAAAGCAGCAGGAGAAGACCGGGAUGCCCAGCUCAGCGAGCUUAUGGACAUGAUAGAGAGACUGAUGCAGGAGCAUGGAGGGCAAUGCUAUGAGAUUACGGAAGUAAAGGAAUCAGGGGAGUCCUAUAGGGAAGUGAAAGAGGGACCAUACCGUUUUGAUGAAAACUGUGCAAACACAGGAGAAGAAUCAAGGACUGGGUCAGAAGAAUUCAAGACAGAAAGGGCAGAGAUGGACAAGGUCAAUGAAGGGCAGCUGAGAGAUCAAAAAAGCACGCUGACAGAGCCAGAGGAAAAAGAAAGAGGUUGUGAUGAAGCCAUGAGGAGAGUCAAUGAAGAAGCUGUGGAUGAUGCUGGAAAAGUAUGUCAGCCAUGUUUGCAGCCAAAAAAAGAUGCGCCAACUCCGCCAGCUGAUCCAGGAGAAGGUAACUGCCACAUUGGAGCAUCAGAGCUGAGAAUCAUCCUUGUGGGGAGAACUGGAGCAGGGAAAAGCGCCACUGGAAACACCAUCCUUGGUGAGACGGUGUUUAAUUCCAGAGCCAGUCCAAAGUCAGUCACUGAGACUUGUGCCAAGGCAAGAGGCACCUGGAAAGGGAAGGAGGUUGUGGUUAUUGAUACUCCUGCCUUUUACAAUACAACACACCCUGAUAGAGAUCCUUCACAAGAGAUCAGUCACUGCAUCCAGCUGUCUUCCCCAGGCCCCCAUGCUCUGGUGCUGGCAGUACAGUUGGGCCACUACUCUGAAGAGGACAAGAAGUCAGUGGAGAAAGUACAGGAGAUAUUUGGAGAAGCAGCCCUGGAGCACACAAUUGUCUUAUUCACUCGGAAAGAGGACUUGGCAGAUGAGCCCUUGAGUGAAUACAUAGGAGCCUUAGGUAAAGCUGAUCUUCAGCAGCUCAUUGAAGCGUGUGGGAAUCGAUACUGUGCUUUCAACAACAAAGCAGCAGGAGAAGACCGGGAUGCCCAGCUCAGCGAGCUUAUGGACAUGAUAGAGAGACUGAUGCAGGAGCAUGGAGGGCAAUGCUAUGAGAUUACAGAAGUAAAGGAAUCAGGGGAGACCUAUAGAGAAGUGAAAGAGGGACCAUACUGUUUUGAUGAAAGCUGUGCAAACACAGGAGAAGAAUCAAGGACUGGGUCAGAAGAAUUCAAGACAGAAAGGGCAGAGAUGGACAAGGUCAAUGAAGGGCAGCUGAGAGAUCAAAAAAGCACGCUGACAGAGCCAGAGGAAAAAGAAAGAGGUUGUGAUGAAGCCAUGAGGAGAGUCAAUGAAGAAGCUGUGGAUGAUGCUGGAAAAGCUGGCUCCUGGCAGGCUGCAGACUCUCCGGACUCACUGAAGUCAGAAGUAACUGGCAGCAGUUUGGGAGAUCUGGUACGUGCACGGCUCAGGAAAAGUUUUCAUUUUCUGCUACCGUCAUUUCAGUACUCACCAAGAAGUAUAUUUCAGCCACGUUUGCAGCCAGAAAGAGAUGGAGCAACUCCCCCAGCCCAAGAGGAAGGCAGCCAGAACCCAAAGGAGUCAGCAUGGAGAAUUGUCCUUGCUGGUAAAACUGGAGUUGGGAAAAGUGCCACGGGAAACACCAUCCUUGGGGAGAAAAAGUUUGAGUCGAAACUUGGGGCAAAAUCAGUAACUUCGAAAUGUGCCCAAGGAAGCAUGCUGUGGAAUGGGCGUGAAGUUGUGAUAAUUGACACUGCCAACAUUUUUGACCCAAAUACCCAUGGGCCAGAAAUUUCACGUGAAUUUGGUUCUUGCUUCAUGCUCUCCCUUCCAGGCCCCCACGCUCUGGUGCUGGUGACCCAGCUGGGCCGUUACACAGAGCAAGACAAGGCAGCUAUGGAGCGAGUAAAAGCAAUCUUUGGCUGUGAGGCUCUGACGUUCACAAUUGUUUUAUUCACUCGGAAAGAAGAUUUGGGGGAUGGCUCCCUGGCUGAAUACGUGAAAAACACAGAUAACCUAGAGCUCCAAACAUUGAUUAAAGCCUGCAAGAACCGAUACUGUGCUUUCAACAACAAAGCAGCAGAAGCAGAGCGGGAAGCACAGGUCAAAGAGCUGAUGGAACUGAUUGAGAAAAUAGUGAAGGAGAAUGGGGGCAAGUACUGCCCCUAUAGUCAGUCUAACCUGGAUACCAUGUUGAAUGAAGAGAAUGGAGCACAAAUGAGAGACAGGAGAAAGUCUGAGGCAACUAUUAGGCAACAUGAUGGAUGGAAGUUGUUUAACAGGGCUGUGCAAGGCUUCAGAUCCCACCUUGGAUCCGGAGUCCCUUCAGAUGCUUCGGUGUCCAAAUCGGCACUUCGGGAUUGAAGUGGGAUUCCACCAAUGGUGUCCGGAGCGGGUCGGGGGCAUCCAAAGCACUUCAGAUCCACUUCAGAUGCUUCGGCCAUUUUGGGGCAAUUAGAAGA